AUGUCUUCAAAAUUCUUCAUCUUCUCCGUUUUCGUUCUGAGUGUAUUAAUUGUACCAAGUACUCACGGAUGGGGAAUAGAAGGACAUACUCUAGUUGCUCGUCUUGCUCAAAGUCAAUUAACGAAAGAAGCAUUUGACUGGAUUCAAUUUCUUCUUCCUCCUAAUUUAUCAGGCAAUUUGAGUGCUGUAGCAACUUGGGCGGAUGAAAUUCUCUAUUCAAACAAUCAUCCACUUGGCUCGUCCAAUCUUUGGCAAUGGUCUCGUCCACUACACUAUACUAAUACACCUGAUUGGAAUUGCAGUUAUGAUCCAGUGAGAGACUGUAUUAACGACGUUUGCAUCGAGGGUGCAUUACGAAACUAUUCGCAACGUGCUAUCGCUGCUGAUCUGGAUUAUCUUCAACAUCAACAAGCUAUCGUGUUUCUUGUUCAUUAUGUUGGUGAUCUACAUCAGCCGUUGCAUGCUGGUUUUCAGGGAGACGCUGGAGCUAGUCAAUUCUACGUUUACUUCAUGAAUACUAGAAGAACUCUUCACUCUGUAUGGGAUACUUAUCUGAUUCGUACGCGUCUUUCACGUGAUUUUCAAUCGAAUACUAGUCUUUACUACGAUUAUAUUUACGCGCUGAUGCUGAAUCAGACUCUAGAACAUCCUGAUCAGAAUUUUAUAGAAUGGACUGAUGAAAGUUCGAAAAUUGUCUGUGAACAAAUCUAUUUCGACGAGAACAAUCAACCAAUGAAUACAUCGUUCACUAUUCGAUUGAGCGAUGGCUAUUAUCAAAGAAAUAUAGCAAUGGUUGAGCAACGUCUUAUGCAAGCAGGUCAACGAUUAGGUGCUUUAUUCAAUUUUUUAGCUUCUAAUCGUUCGGAUGUGUCAUUUACAACACCAUCAGAAAACCAAUCAUCUCCAACAGACUUAUCAUCAACGUUCGCUUCAACCGAUGAGUUUUUAUUCAACGAAACAUCAUCAACCGAACUGUCCUCAACCAGAUCAUCAUCAACAGUAUCAUUUACAACUGUCACAUCGUCAUCAAUGAUACCAUCGUCAUGCAAAAAUACCUCUUUUGACACAUUCAUAAUCAUCAUGACACUAUGUAUCGCUUUUACUGUUGCGGUUUAG